GUUUGUAUCGAAAUUUCAAUUCUUUUAUCGAUUGCUAAUAUUGUAUAUCGACAGCGCGGUUAGCCAACAUGAAAGACGACGGACAGUUCGUGAGCAGAGCGUUGGCAAAACAACAACAAAUACGGUAUGACAAACAAGACAGACACACAUAAAAUUGAAAACGACGAACGUCGACGGCACCGACGAUUGACGGUCGACUGUCGACACGACGGUGAACCAAGUGAAAUAAAUCGCUAAAUUCCUGCAGCAGAAAAUAAAUCUAGGUGGAACAAAAUUUAUAGGAUAUUUCUAUUUUGAUUAUUAUUUGCAACGAAUAAAAAUGGUUUUCAAUAUUUUAUUCAAGGAUCGUGUAACGAAACCGCAAAAGAAGAUGCUUAUCACACUGUUGCGUGAAACAAAGUAUAUGGAGGGGAAAAAGGAGAAGGAAUGGUAUUGGGAGAAGAUACAGGCAGCGCUAAACACUAUCGGCCCGAAGAAGACCAUAAUCCAAUGGAAGAAGUGUUGGCGCGAUAUGCGUUUGACUACGCGUAAGAAACUCGCCGAAUUGAAACGUUGUCAAUUGGCAGGAGGUUCACCGCCUCCUGGUAUCGAGCUUAAUCAAGAGGAUAACGAUAUUAUCGACAUUGUUGGCACAGAAUACUUUUAUGAGGAGAUGAAUGGUGAAUUGAAGCCGGAAAACUUUAUGUCCGGCUUCGAUUAUGUGCCGGAACAUUUCUGUGAUGCCAUUUUGAACGCUGCUGCCGUGUCCAACGGUCAACAACAGCAUAUGCAACAUCAGAAAGAUCAGCAGCAUGCAGCACAACAACAACAGCAGCAGCAGCAACAACAACAGCAACAGCAACAACAACAGGAUCAUGCAAAUAAUGAUGGCGAGACAAGUGAUGCGCCUGGCUCCUCGAAUCACACUGACACGCAUGGUGGCGCAUUUCAAACACCCGGCGUCGGUAUGCAAACGCACAACGGUGAACAUGUCCCGGGUAGCGGUUCGUCUCAGCAACACAAUUCAAUGCCACAUUUGCAGGCAUUCCACGGUGGCCUGCAUUCGCAUUUGUUGCGUCGCCAGCAACAUGCUGCCGCUGCCAUGCAACGCGAAUCGGCAUUUGAGGAGAAACUCUUGCAAUUCAUGCAAGAUGCCUUUCCGAAGAAGAGCAAAAAACGUAAGAAUCGUGAUCCUGAUAAGCUCUUCUUACUCUCACUCUACGAAGAAAUCAAGCGGGUGCCGGAAGAGAUCCGCCUUGAUGUCAAGGGCGAACUUAUACAGGUGCUAAAGAAAUAUCAAAAGAAACCACCGGUAAAACAGGAAAAAUCCCAGUCACAAACGCAUGCACAAUCAAGCGCGUCAUCGACGAGCAAACAAAGCACAUCGACGACAAACGAUAAAAUACAACUCUCACAACAUGCCCAACUCUCGCACAGCAUGUAUCAGUUGCAAAAAAAAUAUGAGAAAAAUGAAAAAGAAGCAUCGCCACAAUCACAAGUUGAACGCGCAACCGCCUCAGCGGUAGCACUACACGCUCAACAACAAUUGCCACACGCACUAUUCCAAUUGCAGAAGAAGUACGAUGAAGGUGGCGGCGAGAAGGUACAUCAGCAGAAUGUGGAACGUAAACAUGUUGAGGGCAGUCAGCAUCAACAGCAUAAUAGCCAUCAACAGGCGCCCGCGCCACCGACCAGUGAACAGCACUUACAUCACCCACAGAUGGCACACGGCAUAAUGUUUCCAUUGCCACAGAUACGUAACGAACAGCCCACUGCACAUCAACAGCAUGCGCAUAAUACCCACCAACAGCAACAGCCGCAACAACAUAAUCCACACCAGCAACAGCAAGCACAACAACAUCAUCCGCCCACCAUAUUCGCCACAACAGUCGCCUCCAGCGCUAUGAGCAGUGAGCGGCCAGCUAUGGCGUAUGAGAAUGUCGGGUGAAUGCUGAGCCGUCUAUGGGAAGCAGCCUGGGAAGGACGUGUGCAGACCAGUGCGUUGAUGGCAGAGGGCGAUAUGUGAAUUGUAAGCUGCCGCACACACUCACACACAGACAAGUUCUAUAUAUAUAUAUAUAUAUACCAUUUAUGUACAUACAAUAUCUACUAACAUACAAAAGUAGUAUACAA